GCGAUGGAGUUCAUCUAUCUGAAACAAGUUUCAAACGUUUACUGUUAGAUAGAGAGUAUGAUCCCUUGGAGAGGCCACAGAUUUCAAAUGGAACAGCUGUAGCAAUGAAAGUUCAAGUGGAAAUAGGCUAUAUGGGAGAUAUCGAUACAAAGAAGAUGACGUUUGAGAUUCACGCAACGUUUCGUCAAUGGUGGUAUGACGAGAGACUAGUAUUCGAUUCCUCCAUUGGUUCCAAGGUGGUUGGCUUGAAAAGUCUCAGGGAUCUGAUUUGGACGCCAACUUUAUUCUUCAUUAACGAAAAAGACAGCAAACUUGUAGUGAGUACGCGCGACAACAUCUACAUCCAAAUAGAUCCAGAUGGUAAUGUUUACUAUGCUCUCAGAUUACAGUUGGUUCUUUCAUGCCCCAUGAAUCUGAAACAUUAUCCCUUUGAUAAGCAAUCAUGCAGAAUUCGAGUAAGCAGCUGGUCUUAUGAUAUGAAUGCUCUGGUGCUUUACUGGCACGAUGAGUGCGUGACAUUCUUGGAGAGCGUGGAGCUUCCGGAGCAUUUCCUGGACAAAGACGAUGUCACUUGCACAGCUUUCAAUCGAUCUUAUGAAACCUCAGGAGACUUUAGUGGUCUGGUAGCUCACUUGCGAUUUCGGAGAGAGAUUCCCUACUACCUAAUGGAAGUAUAUCUGCCAAUUAGUUUGCUUGUCAUCGGAUCUUGGCUGUCAUUUUGGUUAGAUGUCUACGCUGUUCCUGCUCGUACUGCUCUUGGGAUAACAACUAUUCUCACAAUUAUUACAAGCUCCAGAGGCAUCAAAGAAUCCAUUCCAAGGGUAUCUUAUGUUAAAGCAGUUGAUGUGUGGAUAGAAACGUGCACAUGGCUCGUAUUCUGUGCCUUACUUGAGUUUCCAUUUGUUAAUUUCAUUGCAAGAAAAGGAAAAGAGAACAUGGCUUUAGCGAUGGCAAAUGCAAAUCAAAACAAUGGAAAACACGUUACAUCUGCCAAACUAUUUCAAGUUGUAAGGCAGCCAACUGCUACAAACAAAGUAUCUGCUGCCAUUCCAAACGGUCCGGCUAUUCGCCAAUUUGGCAAUAGGAUAAAAGAUAAUGAAUAUCCAGAUGAUUCAUUUGAAGAAAAAGAAGGAAACUGCUGCGAUCACUAUCUUGCAAAUUUAACAGAACAAACUGCCAAAAGCAUUGAUCGAACAAGGUUUGUUCCUUCAAAAUUUGCUCCAACUGCUGUUGUUCCAAAGAAGUAUUGUUUUUUCUUUACUUCUUUCUUAUUGGAUUAA